AUGCCAAAUGAUGAAGAAUCAGUCCACAUAAAGAGACAAUUUCACAACAUGGCAGGAUUUCCAGGCAUUAUUGGGUGUAUAGAUGGAACGCACAUUAGAGUCGCUUGCCCAGUAAAGGUUCAUAAUGCAGCCUCAUACAUGAAUCGCAAGGGCUACCAUUCUCUCAUUGUGCAAAUGGUGUGUGAUUCCUCCAUGAAGAUAACAAAUGUGGUGGCACGAUGGCCGGGAUCUAGUCACGACAGUCGUAUCUUCCGCUCAAGCACUCUACGGGAUCAUCUUGAAGAUGGAACGAUCAGGGGGAUUCUAUUGGGGGACAAUGGAUACGCAUGCGAGAGAUACCUUUUGACGCCAGUUCUCAGAGCAGGUACUGAUUCAGAACGCCGCUAUAACACAUCACACCGGCGCACACGUAACAUCACAGAACGUGUGUUUGGAUUACUGAAGAGAGGAUUCCCCUGCAUCGGUGUGGAUUCACGUUUACGAUGUCACAUUGAAACAAGUAAAGCUGUCAUUGUUGCCCUAUGUGUCCUUCACAAUAUUUCUCGUGACAAUAGAGAUGCAGACUUUCCAGGAAAUGAUGUCCAUGCCCUACAGAAUGACGUCAACAUCAGAGAGCAGAAUAACCUCAGGGGAUUAGCAUUCCGCAGAAUGCUCAUACAAAAUCAUUUUCACUAA